AUGGAAGCAUUGUUAUGUUUUUAAAUUGCACAUUUAUUUGUUGUUAUAUUAAAUCUAAGUUUGAUUAUUUCUUGGGGAUGCAAAAGGCACCGAUUUUGUGGAAUGACCCAAAAAUAUACAAACGCCCUUGUCCAACAAUAUAUAGUUAAUAAAAUACUGCAUUCUUUAAUAGCCUUGUUGCGUUUACUACCGUGUUUAAAAUGUAUAAAAUAAAAAUAAAUAUUUUAAUCUCUUAUUAUUGAUCAAUGAUAUAUACAUUGCUUCUACCUAGUCGUAAACAUAUAUUUACAGUAUAGUUUAUUACAUUCUGUGUCUGUUCAUAUUAAGUCUUUUUUGAAAAAAACGUUUUGUUUACUGACGUUUCAAGUGAGAGCGCACAACUGUCAAAGCAGGUUGGUGACGUCAUGCGUUGCGUCAUGUUCUCCUGCCCCCUCCGUUAUUCCUUACAAAGAGAAAACAUCUCGCGAGCAGGCUUGUGUUUUGAAAGGUUCGCGGACGCUGUUUUACGGUAUAUUAGUUUAAAUUGAAACGCGGAAGAACCUAAGACAAGGAGGACAACUGUAGUUAUCGUUACAGCACGACGUUCGCCAGCAAAUCCGAUACUGAUGCGCGAACAGACUCCUGCGCUGUGGAAUCGUUUUCCCUUUUCAAUGAUAUCCAUAAAUCAAGAGGGAAGAUCCAGCACGGAUGUAACACAUAGGAAUACUUGGGAUUUUCCACACAGCCUUGCUCAAGUAUGGGCUCACCUUUCAGGGUGUUAUUAGUGGAGUACGCUGAGGGAACUGCAUGAAGAGCAUCUCCAUGAGGUUCCCUCUGAAAAGAGGGAGUGAAAGUUGCAUCCAUCUCAUACAAUCCCAAACAUCAAACAGACCUAAACUCAUGUAGUUCACAGACUGAAGUAUGAAAAUGGAUAAACUCACCAUUAUUUCAGGAUGUCUCUUUCUCGCAGCAGAUAUCUUCGCAAUUGCAAGUAUUGCAAAUCCAGACUGGAUCAAUACGGGCGGUCAGGAGGGAGCUCUGACGGUGGGUCUAGUCAAGCAAUGCCAGACCAUCCAUGGUCGAAACAGGGUAUGUAUCUCCCCAAGCCUUCCUCCAGAAUGGAUCACUACCCUGUUCUUCAUCAUCUUAGGCAUCAUCUCGCUCUCUAUCACAUGUGGCCUGCUUGUGAUCUCACACUGGCGGCGAGAGGCUACAAAAUACGCCCGCUGGAUCGCCUUCAUGGGAAUGGUCCUCUUCUGCAUGGCCGCUCUAAUAUUUCCAGUUGGAUUUUACAUCAAUCAAGUUGGAGGACAACCUUACAAAUUACCCAAUAAUACGGUUGUUGGGUCCUCAUAUGUACUGUUUGUUUUAUCAAUAUUUUUCACAAUAGUUGGACUUCUUUUUGCGGGUAAAGUCUGUCUGCCUGGCUGACAAAUCUGGCUGUUUUUUUUCCUGAAGAUUUUUUAUGCUACGUAUUUGACUUUUUCAAUGCUGGUGUGGUUCAGCUGAUGACAAAGGAAUGGUUCCACUUUAAAGGGAUGACUCACUCACACAAAAGGGCCUUUUUGCAGUGGAUGUUUUAUUAGAAUGAUAUUGUGGUCAUUAAAAGACUUACAUAAGCAUUAAUGUACAAUCAGUCAGCCAUUCAGGCUAAAUAAAUCAUCCUUGUAUCAUCCUGAGGUGAUUUAUUUUUGAAUAAUGACUGGCAGACUGUACAAUAUCCUGCUUAUGGCAAGGCUACUCACCAAAUAAAUAAAUAUAUGGACAAAUAACA